CGGCGCUCAGGAGGUACCUCGAGCGGCCUCCACAGGAGUCCUUUGCAGCAUGUUGGUGGCUGGAAGGAUGUUAGGCUGGAGUCGUCUAACCUUCAUCUUGCUGAGCGGGAUCGUCACCUGCUUGGUGGCGCAGCAGGUGCCACCGAGGUGUGGGUGCAGAGCUGGCUGGCGAGCCUCACCCCUGGUCGACUCGGUACAAGCUGGAGCAAAGAAACUUGAAGGGGAAAUCAUCUCUGCAGACUGGCGGCUGUGUUUGCACACCCUCACAUUUGACUGAAUGCACUUUUUCCACGCGCCUGUAGAACUACUGGAGGAAGAGUUCCAGUUGAUCUGUGUACCUAAUUAAGUUACGAGCUGCUUGAGGACUUUGGCUUUCUCUGCCUUGUGACGAGGUGCUGAAGGAGAGUGGACUGAAGACUGCAGAAAAUCAACCUAUCCUCCUUCAGGGCCCACUUACAGGGGUCCAGUUCCACGGUACACCAUAAAUCUCGAUUUACCACCGUACAAAAGAUGGCAUGAAUUGAUGGUGGUCAAAGCACCAGCGCUGAAAGUUAUAGUGAAUUCCAUGAAGAAUAUAAUAAAUGCAUUUGUGCCAAGUGGAAAAAUUGUACAGUUAGUGGAUCAAAAGUUGCCUGGUCUGCUUGGCAACUUCCCUGGCCCUUUCGAGGAGGAAAUGAAGGGGAUUGCAGCUGUAACUGAAAUCCCUUUAGGAGAGAUUAUUUUAUUCAAUAUUUUCUAUGAAUUUUUUACCAUUUGUACUUCAAUAAUAACAGAAGACAAAGAAGGUCAUUUACUACAUGGGCGAAACUUGGAUUUUGGAGUAUUUCUUGGGUGGAAUAUAAAUAAUGAUACUUGGGUCAUAACUGAGGAACUUAAACCUUUAACAGUGAAUUUGGACUUCCAGAGGAACAAUAAAACUCUCUUCAAGGCAACAACCUUUGCUGGCUAUGUGGGCAUGUUAACAGGAUUCAAACCAGGACUGUUUAGUGUUACACUCAAUGAACGCUUCAGUUUGGAUGGCGGUUUUAUGGGUGUCAUGGAAUGGAUUUUGGGAAAGAAAGAUGCCCAGUGGAUAGGGUUUAUCAUUAGAUCAGUUCUAGAAAAUAGCACAAGUUAUGAAGAAACCAAGAAUAUAUUGACCAAAACCAAGAUAUUGGCCCCAGCAUACUUUAUCCUGGGAGGCAACCAGUCUGGGGAGGGUUGUGUGAUUACACGUGACAGAAAACAGUCUCUGGAUGUAUAUGAACUCGACCCCAAGCACGGUAGAUGGUAUGUGGUACAAACAAAUUAUGACCGAUGGAAAAAUCCCUUCUUCCUUGAUGAUCGCAGAACACCUGCGAAGAUGUGUCUGAACCAGACAACCCAAGAGAAUAUCUCAUUUGCAACCAUAUAUGAUGUCUUGUCAACAAAACCUAUCCUCAACAAGCUGACGGUGUACACAGUCUUGAUAGAUGUUACCAAAGGUCAAUUUGAGACGUACCUGCGGGACUGCCCAGACCCCUGCAUAGGGUGGUGAGCACACACCUGGCCUACAGGACGAGCCCUCUAUGAUGUCGGGACCGGAGCUCACGUGGGGCUGAGUGGAGUGGCGUCUGAUCUCCUUCCAGAGACUCAGGGCAGUUUCUCUUUGAGGCGUGAGCUUGUCCUGCUGAGUAUGUUUAUAGGUCACAGGCUGUUUUUGCCAUAAUGUAGGUGAUUGCUGUGUAACACAUAACUUCUUUCAGUGAAGUACAGCAGUCAUCCAGAGUUUACUGUGAUUCAUUUUGGUCUGACAUUUGGAGGCAGGGAUAGGCAACUAAAAAUGUGGUGGGACCCUGCAGGGAAUAAAGCCAAGAUUCUCUCAGCACUGAAUCCUGUACCUCUAUGUGAGUAAGUUAAAUAGCCCCCAUUACUCAGUUUUUCACUUCUAUCUAUGUAUUUGUGGUAUAUUUUUGUCUUUUCCUCCUGGCUCUAACUGCUAUUAAAGUCAAUACACCAUUGUC